GUAGUGACAGGUGUGCCGAUGCUCUCCGUCCAGCCCAAAGGGAAACAGAAGGGGUGCGCUGGCUGCAAUCGUAAGAUUAAAGACCGCUACCUGCUCAAGGCCCUGGACAAAUACUGGCACGAGGACUGUCUAAAAUGUGCCUGCUGUGACUGUCGCCUGGGGGAGGUGGGCUCCACCCUCUACACAAAAGCCAACCUCAUCCUGUGUCGCAGAGACUACCUGAGGCUCUUUGGUACGACAGGGAACUGUGCAGCCUGCAGUAAACUGAUCCCAGCCUUUGAAAUGGUGAUGAGGGCCAGAGAUAAUGUUUACCAUUUGGACUGUUUUGCCUGUCAGCUUUGUAACCAGAGGUUUUGUGUGGGGGACAAGUUUUUCCUUAAGAACAACAUGAUUCUGUGUCAGAUGGACUAUGAGGAGGGCCAGCUGAACGGAAGCUUCGAAACACAGGUUCAAUAG